CAAAGAUGGCGACGGUCGUAAGGGAUAAAGUUUGCUUGACUACAGUACUGCUUUAAAUCCAGAUGUAAAUGACACAAAUCGAUUGCCAAACAAAAAAUGAUUAUGGAACACUUCACUAAUAAUGCAGUCUCUGCGAAGGCGACUGGGAUUAGAUGGAACGAUUCGAAGAACGACACGGAACAAGUUGAGUACUACCAGUAUCAAAACCACCUGCCCCCAAAUCAACUUCACCCGCAUGUGUACCGGGAGGAUUCCAAAAUGAGCGACCCGUCUGCUGAAGUAGAAAUUAGGCUUCCCUCUACCAGGGAACGUGGCAUAAAUGGCAGGCCUGAAGGUAUACCAGAAAGCGUGUUUAUCACUCCGGUUGCUGGACACUUGUCAACUAAACCAUUGCGGACACCAACGACGGCGGGGAGAGCAUCUGUACGGUCGAGGGCCAGACCACGGAAAACCUUCGAGCCCACUCCUUUCUUGAGUAUUAAUAAUCUACCACCAGGCACCAAAGUAUUAGCUGAUGAAAAUAAUGAAAGAUCAAGCAGUAAAUCCAUUAAGAAGAAAAAGCAGAGCAAAAAGGAAGUGAAAUCACAGCAUCAGCAGCAGCAACAACAACAACAACAACAACAACAACCUGAGCCUGUUAUUUUUAUGAGUCGCAAUAACUUGGUCUCCAGAUCAGCUCCGUCAGCUCGUCAAUUUGAAUAUAUUGAAUCGCCAUCGUAUCUUGGUCGCAUGACUCCAUUGGAAUUCUAUAACCUUCAUAAAUCACCAAGUGCUUUAUCUGGACCACCAACAUUAUGGUCCUUAGGCAACAAGUUUUGGCCCAAACACCCGCCGUUCUUUACACCGGAACCCAAUCCGGUACCACCACUGGCUGCUGCUGAUCCAGCAAUAAAUAGACAUAUCAAUUCACAAGUUUUGCAGCCAUUCAAGCAGGGUCCCGUAAGAUCAAUGGAUGAAAUUAUACUGGAACGGGUGCCAGUGCCAAGUCAAGAGCUAAAGGAAUUGACUGCUGUAGGCAUAGUAGAAGUCAGCAGGGCCUUUGCCAGACAGAAAACACCACAUUCUGUCAAGAAAAAUGGACGUCUUCUCAAAGCCAGGUUAAAACCUUUACAUGAAUUUAAAAAGGACGGACCCACCAUCCAUCAAUGUAAGGGAGUAAUCGCACAAAAGAGAGACCACUCGCCAAGCCAAGCUCGUAUGCUGCAACGAAAAAAAGAACUCUUAUCCAAGUUGAAACUGAAAGAUAUGAAAUUUGAUCGUGCUAAGACGCAGGAGUCUAUCCACAGGACAAGUAUUGCAUCAGAACACGAUUUAUUAGAAAGACAACAAGAUUUCAUGCCUGAUGAAACCCAAGUCUGGGUGAACAGACUUGUGGAUGAGUACUCGCAGGAAGGCUUACCAUUGAAUGAGUUUGAUGAGGAAUUUAUUCAAAGACCCCCAAACAGUCUUGCAAGUGGUACAGAGAAGUCUUUGAGUCCUGAAAAGAUGGAUAAUGGUAGUCAAGGUAAUGCUAACAGGGAUGGAGAAAGUAACAAACAAGGUGUAAAUACAAAUGAUGAUGAAAUAGAAACUGAAGUAAAGACAGAAGAGGAAAGUAAGAGUGUGAAAGAAGAAACUGCAAAUCAUUGCCAUGGUAAUGAUAACGAAGAUGAAGUAGUGAUGGAGAGAGAGAAAAGUGGAUCUGUCAGAGGAGUUGUUGAAGAUGAUGAGAAAGAUAGAAUUGAUAUUCAGGUUGCAGAUAAGGUUACGAAAGAGAUGGAAAAUGAUGAAAUACCUGUUGAUGAAAUAAAAAAAGUUGAUGUCACUGAAAAUGAAAUUACAGAGGAGCCGCUGGAUGAUAAAUCCACAGGUGAUGAGAUUGAAACGGAGCUGAAAAAAGAAAAGGAAGCUGUGGAAAUGGAAGAUUCAGUGGUUUCUGGGAAUAUCACUGAGGAGAAUGUAGAAAGCAUCAGUCAAGAUCAAGAUGCUAAAGAACAUGCCCUGACGAUGGAUAAUGCAGGAGAUGACAGCAUUGAGGUUGCUAAGCAACUUCCCGUCUAUGAUGCUGGUGAUGCAGAAGGAACCAAAAGUUCUGUUGUGAUUGAAACAGAUGUGAAAGGUUUAAAUUCAGAAUCUGGGAGGAAAUCUGUAGAGAAAGUUGUGGAGCUACAUCAAAUUGAGGAAACCUUGGAAGAUGAAAAGGCAGUUGUAGAUUUGGAUGAGACUGCGGAAACCCCAUGUAGUAAAGAAUCUAUAGUCAUUGUUGUACCAAUAGACCAAACAGAUACUUCUGAUAUUUAUAAUGUUGGUAAUGCUGACGAUACAAGGACUGUCACACCUUGUAGUGUUGUCAUGGAAACAUCUAAAGGUGAUGUUGUGACAGAAAGUGAUGAAAAAGAUGAACUCAACAGUGUCGACGGAAAUAAUUCCAAGAUUAGGGAACAAAAUACAAAAACUCAAAAUGAUUUGGAGCAAUUAGAAAAUGUCCAUGGUAUUAAUGAGCUAUUAGCUGAUGAUGAGGAAGUGAAUGAAAGUACAGUGGAAAAAGAAUCUUUUCUCCAAGAUAAUACUCCAGAUGAACAAACUGUAUGUAAUGAUUCCAAAGAAUUGGAAACCAUGGUAAAAACAUCGGAGGAGACUACGGAGCAAAUGGUGGAUACUUCCAGUGUGGGUGUGAAUGAUAACCAAGAAGACAAUGCAAGUGAAACCAAAGUUUUGAAUUCUGUAAAGCUUGAAUUUAGUGAUGUGAUGGUGGAAACAGAAAAUGCUAACAAUUUAAACCAAAGUGAACAUUUUGAAAAGAAUGAAAGAAGUGAUGCAGUUGAUGUAGAAGAAAAAGAAGAAGAGGAGCAAAAAGACAGUGAUGAGAAAGAUGUGGAGAAUAGUAGUCAUGACGAUAAAAAAGAUGAUUCUGAUCAUACCGGUGGUGGUGGUGGUGGUGGUGGUGGUUCUGGUGGUUCUGGUGGUUCUGGUGCCACAGGUGGUGGUUCCCAUGGUGAUAGUUCCCAAGGUAAUGGUGAUGGAGAAAGUGGUGGGAAUAGUAAUGAUGGGGGUAGUGGUGGGGAUGAUGGAGAUGGGAAAGGAAAUAAAAAGGAUGGUAAAGAUGAGGAAAAAGACUCAGAAGAGAAAAAUGAUGAUGAUGAGAAUGACUCAUCUGAUAAACAUUCUGGUGCUAAAAAAAAUAGUGAUUCUGAUGAGUUCUGUGAUAUUUGUGGACUUGAUAGAUUCAUGUGUGUUUGCCCAAAAAGUAAACUCAAAACUAAAAUCCGUUCAUUUAGUUCACUAGGAAAGAAUACACACUAUGCAGAUGAAAAAACAAUAGCAACAAGACAAAAAGAUACAAUAGGAGCUAGUCAAAGAGAUAAAACAAAUAGCACCUCUAGUGAAAUAGACAGGUCCUUGAGAGAUCUAUGUAAAACUGAUAAACCUGAGAGUACUCACCAACUUAGUAUUCCAAGACAGAGACGUCGCCCGGCCAGUGCACAAGCACGAUCUCCGCUGCCUGUUGUAACAGGAUCAAAAAGUGCAUUUGCAUCUUCCAAAUCUCAACCACGCAGCCGACCACAGUCUGCCAAGCGUCACCAAGAGUACAAGAGUUUGUCGUACAGGACUGAUCCCAGCCCAACGCGAUCUGAUAUCUCUGAACAUUUCGAUUUCGAUUCGGAUCUCACACAGAUAGUUUCUGGGUACAAACAUUUGUUCAGUCGACCAGACACUGCGGCAUCGUUUUACAGCGACGAUGAUGUCUCUGAAGCCAGUGCACCGAGUUACAUUCCAGAAAAACAAAAAAAAUGGCUUGAGUCAGUCUUGAGUACAGCUGUUGUAGGUAGUGAUGGUCUACCAGAGGGAAAACUAUUUGUAAAACAUCUUGGGAGUGGAAAAACUUCAGACCAAUCAUUGCAGCGGGCCGAUGGUUUUACCUGUGACAGUGGACAUGUGAGUGAAGUCGUCUCUUUAGCUGGAGAAAGUGAUAAUGAACUUGAAAAGGAAGAGACUGCAGAACUUUGCCAAGAAUCACUAGUCCAUAAGGGGUCAAAGACAAAUAUUGAAGAAUUUCGAGACCAGCCUGAGAAUUUAUCUGUUGUUGCUACUACAAAGCCAUUGUCAAAAACAAAGUCAAAGCCACAGGUUUCUCUUCCAUCCUUUCCGCCUCUUAGUUUUCGUAUCAAUGCCCGACCUCCUGCUGGAAAACUGUACUACUUUGCAUAUGGUGCUGAUAUGAACCCAAACAGAAUGACUACCUACAUUGGGCGUGAAAUAGAUCAUAGACUAUGGGGUGUACUGUUUGGAUUUAAACUACGCUUUAAUAAGAAAGGAUCUGAUGUAGAGGCUGGUGGAUUUCCUAAUAUAGAAUACGACACGAACAGUUCGGUCGAAGGAUGUGUGUAUCUAUUGAACCAACAGGAACUGCACAGUUUGGAUACGUUCAUGGGAUACCCUGAGCACUAUUGUCAUGUUAUGCUACCAGUAUGGAUGAUGAAUUGCCAUCAACCGGAUGAACUUGGUGUUGCUCAGUACUGUAUACCUGCUGUUAUGUACAUUGCACAGGAUGUAUGGACACAGAAAG